UUUUUUUAUAGAGCAAAGGCCCCCAUCUUAUUAGUGACUUUAAAUGGACCUGUUCAAUGAAUAUAGAGUGGUUCACUGAAUACGCAUGCCCCACCGAUUACAUCAUCAGCAACACCUGCCAAAUGACAGCAGAGAAGCACGGAAUUAACAUUGACCUGUCACCACUGACGCACAAAUCUGGUGGGUCCUACUUGGUGAAUGCAACAGAGGGAAAUGAUCAGUAUGUCUACUACAUUAAUGUCUGUGGCAAUGUGGCAGCGUGCAAGGAUAAAGGUCUUACCCCAGUGUGCCAGAGGAAAUGGGAUGAUGAUACAUUUGAACAAACAGUUGGAAAAUUAAAUUUCAUGCAGCUCAUAUAUUCUGAUGGUAACUUGUUGUUGACUUACAAAGAUGGAGACAGCUGUAGUUCCAAAUAUAAAAGGGCAACUACCAUUGAAUUUGUCUGCGAUAAAACAGCAGUUAACGACGUAGUUGGAAAACCUGAGUUUGUGCAGCACAAUAAUUGCUCUUAUUAUUUCCGAUGGAGCACAAAGUAUGCAUGUGUGGAGCCAGUAGAACCAGUUUCCUCGGAGGACUGUAAGGUUCAAUUUGGAGGAAAGAAGUAUGACCUCUCAAGUCUUAUCAAGAAUGAAGAAACCAAUUGGCAAGUCAUUACCGGUGAAAAUGAGGCUGACAAGCAGAGCUAUUUUUUAAAUGUCUGCCACAAUGUUUUACGUACAGAUAAUACUAAGAACUGUCCUCCAGAAAGUGCCAUCUGCAGAACUGGAAAUGGUGAAGCUCAAAGUCUCGGCCAGUUCAAGCAGUCGCUGAAGUACAACCCAGUGACUGACUCGUUAACUCUCAACUACAUUGAUGGCUCAAAGACAGACAUGGGCUGCAUCCGUCAGACCAUUGUCAAUUUCAUCUGCGCUCCAGGUAGCACUAUGAGUGCACCAAAACUGUUUCGUAAAUCUAAUGAUGACUGCUACUUUGAGAUUGAAUGGUACACCUCAGCGGCAUGUGUUUUGUCCCGUAAAACUGGGGAUAACUGUCGUAUUGAUGACAAAACUUCUGGCUAUGUCUAUGAUUUGAACCCAUUGAAGAAAGACAAAGAGGACUACACUGUGCAUGCAGCUGAUGGUUUCACCUAUCUGAUUAAUGUGUGCGCCAAGAUUAAUGAUGAUAAGCACUGUGUGACUGCACCCCACAACAAUGCUUCUAUCUGUCAGUUUAAAGACGGUGGUGAGUUUAAAGUAGCUGAGCCAGCCACUCAACUGGAAUACUUUGAUGGUGUGCUAAAUCUGACCUACACAAACGGAGAGAAAUACAACGAUAAGGACAACACACCUCGAAGUGCAGAAAUCGCAUUUGUUUGUGACCGCUCAGAGGAUGUUGGAAAUCCAGAGUUUCUAGAGGAAAAGGAUUUUACAUAUGCAUUCUUGUGGCGUACAAGUUAUGCUUGUCCACUGUCCCCUAUAGAAUGUGCUGUCACUGAUGAAGAAAGCCAUAACCAGUAUGACUUAUCAAGUUUGUCAAAAGUUUCUGGCUUUUGGGAGACGGAAAUUUCAAGUGACUCUCAGGGUCAGAGGACAAAGCUUUAUAUCAAUGUCUGCCGGCCUCUAGGCACCGUCCCUCAUGCUCAGUGCAACCGUUUCUCUUCUGUGUGUGCCACCACUAUUGACACCAAUGGGAAAGAGACGUUGUUUCAUGGCAACCUGGGUAAAGCUGUAUCUUCACCUGUAAUUGAUAAGUCUUCCCAUGAGGUGAAGCUGGUCUACACAAGUGGAGAGAACUGUACGGAGGAUGGCACAGUCAAACAGUUUACAACUACCAUUCAAUUUGUUUGCGCUAAAGGAAAUCUACUCGGUGGACCGAGGCCACCAAGGCUCAUAAGUCCUUGUGAGUAUGUUAUCCAAUGGGAUACGGAAGCAGCAUGUCCAGUCACCACUGACGUCACACAAAGUAGCAAUGGAUCAGAGUGCACUGUUCAAGACAGAAACACAGGUUUUCUAUUUAAUUUACUCCCCCUGAAGAAAGCAGACGGCUAUGAAGUGACAUCUGCUGACAACUCUCAGCAUUUCAAGCUAAAUCUAUGUGGCAGCCUCCCAGACAGUGUUUGUGGUCAAUUUGAUAAAAAUAAGCCUACAGGCAUUUGUGAACUCAAGGCAGACAAGAGUGGCACCUCAGUGGCCAAGCACAGUACUGAACUCAAGUACUCAAGCCAAGGGGAACUAACUCUCACGUAUGAAGGACUAUUUGAUUACAGUGGAGAUUCAAAAAAAUAUGUGUUCACUUUUAUCUGCGAUCGAUCUGCCCAGGUGGCUAAGAUAACCUUUGUGCACAAGACAUCUUUAACAACCACUUUCAAGGUGGAUACAUCUCUGGCCUGCCCGCCUCAGCCAGUUAACUGUGUGGUGAUGGAUGCGAAGGGUCAGCAGUUUGACCUAACACCACUAGCCAGAGUCACUGGCAACUGGGUUGUGAUAGAUAUCCGACCAGAUCAUACUGACUUGCGGUACCACAUCAAUGUAUGCCGGCCAGUCAAUCCAACACCUGACAUGACCUGUCCAGGUGGUGCUGUAGGUGGAUGCCAGACAAGCUCCAAUAGCAAUAACAGCUUUAAUUUGGGCUGGGUUCAGUCUGAGCCAGUGGUUUCUGAUGCUGCCAUUACACUUCACUAUGAGGGCGGAGACAAAUGCCACGUUGGGAAAGACACUGAGUCCUAUCGCUCUACAAGGAUCAUCUUUUUCUGUGAUGCUGUUGAGCAUAAUCCUGUGUUCCAGUCAGAGAGUGACACGUGUGAGUACACUUUCAUAUGGAAGACACCCAGUGCUUGUCCACAGAAGGUAACUGAAGGAGAUGACUGUAAGGUGACUGACCCACUUUACAACUACCAGUUUGACCUUAAUCCACUCCGCAAUGCCACCAGCGACUAUGCCGUUUUGGGGGCUGGCUACAAAUUCUUGGUCAAUCUGUGUGGACCGCUGGUUAGUACUCUUGAUAACUGCGGGUCAGCUGGAGCAUGUCAGACAAGUUUGACUCUCCCCGCUCCUGUGCAGAUAGGUCUACCCAAUAACAAGCCGAGGUACCAAACAGGACAGAUCUCUCUGGUAUACUCUGAUGGAAAAGGAAACUGCCAUGGGAAGUACAACCGCUCGACCAUCAUCAAUUUUGUCUGCGACCAUGCGGUGACCGGUCUGGAUGGCCCCAGGUAUCUGGAAGAGAAGUCCGACUGCACCUACAUGUUUGAGUGGACCACAAAGGCAGUGUGCCCACCCCACCAGGUAGUGGACUGCACUUUACAGAAGGGCGAUGAUGUUUAUGAUCUGUCACGCUUGUCUCAAUCUGGCAGCAACUAUGAGAGGACCGAUAGUGACCCAACCUCAAAGCAGUUGUUUCUUAUUAACAUUUGCAGAUCACUUGUGCACAAAAAAGAUCAGAUUUGUCCGUUUGAUUCAGCGGCAUGUAGAAUAGAUCUCACGGAAACCGACCCCAAAAAAAGGUAUCACAAUAUAGGUCGGGUGACUAGUCAGUCACUGGUCGUGGAACAAGGGAACUUGGUACUGCGGUAUGAUGAUGGCGAGCCCUGUGGAAAUGGCAAGCGCUCCACUGUCAUUCUGUUUCAAUGUGAUGAGAAAGACGACUCACUUGGUAUUCCUGGUGGUCACGUUGAGAUUAACGGAUGUCAGGAUCACUUUAUCUGGCAGUCCAGUGCUGCCUGUCCCCAGCGUCCAGACAAGUCAGGGCUUACUGAAGCCAACUUUGGUGACUGCACUGUGACCAAUUUUAACACAGGCUACAAAUUUGACCUCAGUUCACUAAAAAGGCCGAGUGGCUACACGACCUACGACAGAGAUGGGCAUGAGUUCACUCUAAAUGUCUGCGGCUGGGUGGACAAGUCCACUGGAUGCGUCAAUGGGACAGGUGCCUGCCAGGUAUCACAGGUCGGCCUCAAAACUUACGUCAACACUGGCAAGGCCAACGCCAGGCCAAUCUACAAGGAUGGUGUCAUAGUCCUGGAGUAUAAGGAGGGUGAACUGUGCAACAGCAAGAAGGUUCCAAAGGAGACGUACAUCAACUUUAUCUGCGACCAGGACGCUGGCACUGGUGUUCCAGUCUACAUUGAUAGGUCAGACGACUGCAUCUACUAUUUCCAUUGGGAGACACAGCUGGUCUGUGAGAAAGAAGUAAAGUGUGAAGCUGUUACUGAUGCUGAUGUCACGCUGGACUUCUCCCCCCUCAUUCUGAAAUCUGGUCAGUACAACGUGCUUCCCUCGGACUCUGGUAGCAACCAUUCCCCUGGCACGAUUUUUAUUAACUUGUGCCGACCUCUGAACCCUUUGUAUGGGACACUCUGUCCCCCUGGCUCAGCAGCCUGUCUUGUUAGAGCCGAAGGAACCACUUUGAAUUUGGGUCGUGUUGACAAGGAGCCUGUGUAUGAUAAAACCACCAAAGAAGUUAAGCUCACCUACACCAAUGGGGACAGUUGCCCGACCAACCGCAGUAUCAACAUUUCUUCUGUCAUCAUACUCAAGUGUGGCAACAGUAAACUUAUGAGUCCAGUGCUAGAGGGGUUGACCUCUGACUGUGAGUACAUCUUCAUGUGGGAGACUCUCCUUGCAUGCCCAGAGUCCAGCCCACAGAAGUUAAGUCAGGACUGCACUUACUACGACAGUCAGAUGAGAACCAGAUACAACUUGUCAUCACUUGCAGGCACAUAUUCAGUAUCAGCUUCUGCACCAUCAUCGGGGCGGUUCAAACUCAAUCCAUGUGCUCACUUGGAUGAGAAGGGAGAGACUGGAGGAGCAUCGUGCGUUGACUCUGCAGUCUGCUUGAUUGGCUCCCCCAGUCAGUCUGGCUCGUAUGGUGACGCAGGCCAAGGAAAGUUCCAGAAGGACACAGCUUAUCUCAUGCUUAAAUUUUCCCAGGGAAGGCCCUGCAGCUCUGGCACAAGCAAAGCUCAGUCCAUCAUCUACUUCAAGUGUAACAGAACUGCAGGCAAAGGGCAGCCGGAGCUGAUGGGUAAGGAAGAUGAUUGUCAGGUGACCUUUCUGUGGCAGACUGACCUUGUAUGUCCAGUGGAUAAAAUGGACUGUCUUAUAACCUAUCAAGGAUUACUUUUUGAUUUCUCUUUUCUAUCUCGAGAGUCAAAUAGUUGGAACUUCACAGAUGAACAGAAAAAUGUUUAUUGGUUGAAUCUUUGCCAUGGGGUCCAAGGUGAGGCCCUAGCUGUUGGAUGCCAGAAGAAUGCAGCAGUAUGUCGACGCACAUCAGAUAACAAAAUUCAGAUGUUGGGCAAAUUACAAACUCAGCAGAUGGAAGUCAUCUCGGGCGAUAAAACAUCUAUUAUUAUCAAGUACAGUUAUGGUGAUGCGGAUGUCUGCUCAGCUGGGGGCAGGCGACGUAGCGACAUCGCACCAAAGGUUUCUGUAAACUUGACAUGUGGCAGCACAAUAGGAACACCAGUGUUAGCUGGUUAUAAUUCUGAAGAGUGCACUUUCAAUGUUGGUUGGAAAACAAGGCUUGCUUGUCCCGUUAGUCAAGACAAACUUCAAGUGAAGGAAGUGAGAGGCCUUGUCUAUGAUGUGAGAACUGGUCUAACCAUUUCCUUAAAGCCACUGCUGAAACCUACAAAUCAGUACACCGUGGGUGUUGAUAAUAGCCAGUACAUCAUCAAUCUUGGGGCUCCAGUCCAUAUGGCCAACACAGCCUCAACUCAGUGUGCCGGAGCUGCUGUUUGUCUCAGAUCUGAAACUGGAAGCUACAAGAAUCUUGGGCACUACAGCAGCAAGGCUUACUAUAUGGAAGAUGAGCACUUGGAAAUUGUGUUUACCUCACAAGAGAAAUGUCAAGGCAGUCAGUCGCACCUCAACAUUACUUCCAUCUUCAGUUUUCAUUGCGCUGAUGUCCCGGCAGAAUCUUCCAAACCAGAGUUUCUCUACAAGACUUCAGACUGUGCAUAUAUGUUUGAUUGGGAUACCAACUUGGUCUGUUUCUCAUUAGAUGUAUCUCUACUCGAUGGCAGCACAAACUCAGCAGCUGGUGGACCAAGCGCCAACAGAGUGGCCAUUGGAGUAUCUGUUUUUCUGUUUAUUGCCCUGGUCUGUAUAUUUGUGCUGAUUUUCUACAAACCAGAAAGAAGAGCCAAGGUGGCAGCGAAAUUGAAGAGAGUUUUAUUGUGUAGAAAAACAGAAAAUACACCCAUUGUAUAUUCUCGGUUGAACCAAAUAGAUCAAGAUGAUGAUCCAUUCAACCCAUUUUCUGAACCAGAUGAAGAAUCGGAGAUGCAUAACAACCAGCUUCCAUCCAAGGUCGGUGUCUUCCAUGACGACAGUGAUGAUGAUAUAUUGCUUUAGGCAAUGUUCAAGCCCUCUGUGUGUCGAAUCGUGCUAAAAGCCGCUGGUUGUUUUUUGUACAGUCAUGCUCUGAUUAUUACUUGUCCCCAAGAGACAACUUUCUGGGAUAAGAUUUUUUGGGGGGUCAAGGUCAUUCCAAUUCUUCCAUUUUUUGGGGGCUGCUUGAUUUGCACUGUUUGAAGAUGUGUCAUUGAAUUGAUUUUCAACAUACAUGAAACAUGAAAUGAUUUACUACAUAUGUGAGACCUGAAUUGCUUGGCUACAUAUUUAAGAACUGAAUUGAUUUCCUUACAUACACAAGACUUGAAUUGAUAUCUUACAUACGUGAAACCAGAAAGUGUCAAGGCAUUAACUGGUUGAAUAAGAUAAGUCUAAUUUUGUUUUAUUAAGUCCAAUUGCGUUUUUUUUUUUAUAUUACGCUCCUUACAAAACAUGUUUAAAAGAACAUUUUAGAAUUAAGUGUUAAAAGUAUUAUAUUUUUUUUUACAUUUUUGGGAAUAUGAAGAAAAAAUGUGUCAAAGGCGAAUCAGAAAUGAAUGGUUACUUUAGGUUGGUAUGUUGGUCUAAGUUUGAUCGAAGUUUAACAUUUUACGUUACGUUAAGCUUUCCCCAAAACAUUUUGAAAUGACUGGAAGUAAAAUGGACAGAAAUGUAAUGAGCUGAACAGUCUUCACAUUCGGAUUUAAAUUUUGAUUUUUUUAUUGUUGAUUGUAAUAUUGGUUCAUGUGACGAUUUACAAGAAAUGUCAAUAACUUUGGUAUUUCAGAUACAUGACACUGCUUUAGGUUUUAGGAAUCCCAAUCAGCACUUACUUUGGGCAUUUAAGAUGGUGAUUUUAUCUUUUCCAAAAAAAAAAAAAUAUAUAUAUACAUAUAAAUUGUGUUUCUUUUUAUAAAAAAAAACAAACAAAAGAAAAUCAUGCUACUAAGAUGUAAAAAAAAUUUUUUAAAGCAUAUUGUUUCCAGACCUAAAAUUUUUAGUUCCUAUUAUAAGAGGCAGUGAUGGUCAAACUAUGGCCUGAGGACCAAAUUGUGUCUGUGUCCCGGGUCUGUCCAGCCCCUUGAAACGUGUGCCCACGGUGCAGAAUGAUGUUGGUGAGCAUCAGUCGCAUUGGACUCAAUAUUUUGCUGUGAUGCGGAACAUGAACCAUGUGUCGGAAAUUUAAAUUGUCUUGGUACCAAAAAGUUCAGCGGCACUGACAAAAAAGUGUUCAAAGUUAUAAAUCUGUCAUUGGUCAAAGUUAUAAAUUCUGUUAUUGGUCAAAAUAAUACAGUCUGUCAUUAGUCAAAGCUAUAAAGUCAUUCAUUGGUCAAAAUUAUAGUCUGUCAUUGGUCAAAGUUAUAAAGUCUGUUAUUGGUGAACAUUAUAUUAAAGUUUGUUAGUUAUUACAAUAAAGUCUGUCAUUGAUCUUUACACACUUGGAUAUGUUUAUGUAAAUGUAAUUUUGUUUUUAAAAUCAAGGGACUUCAAAUAUGAACAUCUGGUGAACUGAGUUGUGAAAAAAAACAAUUUGACUGAUCAUAAAUGUUUGUUGGUAAAAUGUGAUGUUAAAGAGAUGUAAUUAGAAGUCAGGGAUGAACUAAUGAUGUAAAUGUUUCUUUGUUGAUUUUUUGCUGAACCCUGUAUCAAAAAAGGUGAUGAAAUGUCGUCAGUGUCUGUAUAAAUAUAUAUAUAUAGGUCAUUGCCUUUGUCAACACUUGUUGCAAUUAUCAUACACAUAUAAAUAGAUGGGCUUUCAUUGGUCAACAUUGUUAUUUUAAUACACAUAAUACAUUUUCCAAAUGACAUAAUAUAUGAUAUAAUAAUUGCAAUCGUAUCAUUUUGAUUUGUAUUUAUAAUGUGUAUCUGGUAUUUAUAGUUUCAUAUUUUCUUUAUUGUGCUUGUUGAGAUGUGGAUUAACUGCCAUUUGUUCCGCUUCUCUUUUUAUUCACACUCAACCUUUUUUUUUUUUUUUUGCAUUCAUUUUGUCCUGAUAUUUAAAGCUCAGAGUAAUAAUAUAAGCAAAGUUGAAUUCCAGGGUCAUCACUGAUACCAUUCACUUUUUAUUGUAUGAGUUUGAAAACUUAUGUACUAUUCUUGUAUUCCAUUUUUCACAUAUUUGCUUAUAUAUAUAUUUUUUUUAGCUUUUUUCUUUUUAGAGUUCCAGCUUGGCUUCUAUUUUGUUGAUAGACUAUGACCAAAUGGUGUAUGUUAUAUUUGAUGUAUUGACUUGUAUUAUGCCAUGUGUGUUGUGAGCUACUGUCUUUUUUAGAAACACAUUUAAUGUCCCAUUCUGCAUUCAUGAAACAUAUUUUAAAAUGUUCAAUAUUAACUCUUUCUAUCCUGGUUGACAAUGCCAACGUGGAUUUGACGCUAUUAGACUAAAUUAAUUUUUUUGAUUCAUUAAUUUGUGCUGUGUAAAAAGAGCAAGCAUUCUCCUAUAAUUUGAUAGCAAAUAUAACAUUUUCUGAUAACAAACAAAAAAGUUAUUAAUUAGAACAAGAUAGUGAAAUACAAAUGAGCAAAAUGAAUAAUACUAUGAACGAGAAAAAUAAUUACGGAAAGAAAGAGUUAACUUGCUGGACAUGGCUCUAUCAGUAUGUCUUUGAUUAUUGGUAAUUUUAGAUAGUAAUAAUUUUAACUGUUACUAUAAUAUAUUGUGACCACAGCUAUCAAACUGCAUCAAAGGCACAAUGUUGGAGCGAAACUCAUUCUUAUAUGUCAUCAACAAUCUCUAAUUUUCA